ACAUCAGUCAAGAAUAACAGUGAGUGUAGUGCCAAAAGCCUAACGUUAUGAUUUCUUAGCUCUUUUCCUAUUAUUCUAAACGUUCAUGUGCACACCACCCAAGAAAAAGUGCCAUUUGCUUCACUCUAAUUCUCCUUUCUCCAGCUAUAUACUUGAGUCUUAAACAGACCCUCGUUCUUGUUAUGUGCAGUGAUCUAACACAAGGGUUCUUUUUAUUUCUUCAAGUUUUUUAAGUUUUUAUAAGUUUUAAGUGGCUUAAGUGCUUGUUUUGCCCCCAUUUUAGCUAGGUUUAGUGGGGGGUUUCUGCAUUUUUGUAAUGCUUGUGGGUAUUUGAGGAAUUUUAGAAAUGGUGGAAGGUGGAGAUUUUUAUAGGAGUUGAGAUUUUUUGAUUUUUAUGUGUUUUUUGGUUUUUGGGAAAUUUGGUUAGUUUCUUGAAAAUGGAGGGAUUUUAUGGGGUGCAAUUGAUGGUUGUGAUCUUGUUGGGGUUUUCAUUGGGGUGGAGUUGGUGUCAAGAUGAGGAUUAUUCAAAUGUUAGUGCUGUGUAUAUUGUGACUUUGAAGCAAGCUCCUGUGGUUCAUCUCAAUGAGGAAUUGAUUGUCAAGAGUAAACAUCAGAAGCCAAGUAGUUCUAGAAAUAAGAACAGAUUGGAUAAGCCAUUGCCAAGAAAUAUCUCAGGAACUGAUCGGUAUCAUGGACAUAAUAUUGCACGAUUUCAUGAUGCUAUAUUGAGAAAGGUUUUAAAAGGGGAAAAGUAUCUAAAACUCUACAGCUAUCGCUAUUUGAUUAACGGCUUUGCUGUUCUGGUUACCCCCGUGCAGGUAGCUAAGCUGUCAAUGAGGAAAGAAGUGGCAAAUGUCAUAUUGGAUUUCUCAGUAAGGACUGCAACCACACACACUCCACAAUUUUUGGGGCUACCACAAGGGGCAUGGCCCCAGGAGGGUGGAUUCGAUACUGCCGGAGAAGGAAUAGUAAUCGGGUUUAUUGACACUGGAAUUGAUCCCACACACCCCAGCUUCUCUGAUGAUGUUGCCGAGAAUACAUAUCCUGUUCCAGAGCGCUUUUCUGGCAUCUGUGAAGUUACUAGGGACUUCCCAUCUGGUUCAUGCAACAGAAAGCUUAUUGGUGCUCGCCAUUUUGCUGCAUCUGCUAUAACACGAGGAAUAUUCAAUGCUACUCAGGAUUAUGCAUCACCUUUUGAUGGUGAUGGCCAUGGAACGCACACAGCUUCCACUGCAGCUGGUAACCAUGGGAUACCCGUGGUAGUAGCUGGACAUCACUUUGGCAAUGCCAGUGGGAUGGCUCCUCGUUCACACAUUGCUGUUUACAAGGCGCUGUAUAAGAGCUUUGGAGGGUUCGCUGCAGAUGUUGUUGCUGCCAUAGACCAGGCAGCUCAGGAUGGUGUAGACAUAAUAAGCUUGUCAAUCACUCCCAACCGUCGCCCUCCUGGCAUUGCAACUUUUUUCAAUCCAAUAGACAUGGCGUUACUGUCAGCAGUAAAAGCUGGCGUUUUUGUUGUACAAGCAGCAGGAAAUACUGGACCUUCGCCUAAGAGUAUAUCUUCUUUCAGUCCAUGGAUCUACACUGUUGGUGCUGCUGCCCAUGACAGGGUCUACAGUAAUUCUAUUAUACUUGGAAAUAACAUUACCAUUGCUGGAGUUGGACUUGCACCUGGGACAGAUAACAAUACAAUGUACACAAUGGUUUCUGCUAUUCAUGCUCUCAAUACCACAACAGCUGCAGAUGAUAUGUAUGCGGGUGAAUGUCAGGACUCCGCUAGUUUGAAUCAAGAUAUUAUACAAGGGAAUCUCUUAAUCUGCAGCUAUUCAAUCCGUUUUGUGCUGGGGCUGUCUACAAUCAAACAAGCGUUAGAAACGGCAAACAACCUCAAUGCGACCGGUGUUGUUUUUUACAUGGAUCCUUUUGUCAUUGGUUACCAGCUUAAUCCAAUACCAAUGGAAUUUCCUGGAAUUAUAAUUCCAACUCCCGACGACUCCAAGAUCUUACUGCGAUACUACAAUUCUUCUUUGGAGAGAGACGGGGAUACAAAUCAGAUUGUUAAAUUUGGAGCAGUUGCAUGCAUUACAGGUGGAGUAACAGCAAAUUUCAGCAGUUCGGCUCCAAAAAUCAUGUAUUAUUCUGCUAGAGGACCAGAUCCAGAAGACAGUUUUCUUGAUGAUGCGGACAUACUAAAACCUAAUUUGGUCGCACCAGGAAAUUUUAUCUGGGCUGCUUGGAGUUCUGGUGGCACUGACUCGGUUGAAUUCCUAGGGGAGAACUUUGCAAUGAUGUCUGGGACAAGCAUGGCUGCUCCUCAUGUCACAGGCCUUGCAGCCUUGAUUAAGAAGAAAUAUCCCAGCUUUAGUCCGUCAGCUAUAGCAUCAGCAUUAUCAACAACAGCUUCCUUGUCGGACAGGAAUGGUGGGCCCAUAAUGGCCCAGCGAACAUAUGCCAACCCAGAUAUGAGCCAGUCCCCUGCCACACCAUUCGACAUGGGGAGUGGGUUUGUCAAUGCAACUGCAGCGCUAAAUCCUGGACUUAUCUUUGAUUUAGCUUACAAUGAUUAUAUGUCAUUCCUAUGCGGCAUAAAUGGGUCUGCACCAGUGGUUUUAAACUAUACCGGGCAGAGCUGUGGUAUGUCCACAACGACCAAUGGGAUAGACCUAAAUUUGCCUUCAAUCACCAUCGCAAAACUCAACCAGUCUAGAAUGGUCCAAAGAACAGUGAUCAACAUUGCCGGGGAUGAGACUUACAGUGUUGGUUGGAGUGCUCCCUACGGAGCUUCUCUUAAUGUGGAGCCUAGACAUUUUUUCAUUGCUAAUGGAGGACGACAGGUUCUGACCGUGUACAUUAACGCCACAAUAAGCAGCACUGUUGCAAGCUUUGGAAGAAUCGGACUCUUUGGUAAUCAAGGGCACGUUGUUAACCUUCCUGUAUCAGUCAUCGGAAAAAUUGCAUAUAACAGGACUAACAGCUAAUAUCUCUGCUGCUAUGACUUCUUUGUUUUAUAGUUAUUCUAAUCUUGCAAAGCAUACUCUAUUAUUUAUUCUUUGUUAUGUAAAUGGUGAGUGUAAGUUUGUGUAGAUAUAGCAUAUGAUUAAUAAUGUAAGUUUAAGGUUUUAUUGAAAAUAUAUUGCUCAACUUUCAUAUUUA